AGCGAGCCAUAUUCAAGCGAGAUAGUGAGAGAGAGGAGGUUCACGUAGGGAUUAGGCAUAGCCAUGUCGUCCGAGGGCGUGACCGUGACAGGGGCGGAGGAGUACCCAGUGUUCGAGUCAUUUGACGACUACGACCUGGAUGAAAACCUUCUCCGUGGAAUCUACUCUUAUGGGUUUGAGAAGCCCAGCGCGAUUCAGCAGCGCGGUAUCAAGCCGAUCUUGGAUGGCCGUGAUACCAUUGGCCAGGCCCAGUCCGGAACGGGCAAAACAGCAACCUUUGUGAUUGGCGCGCUGCAGCGCAUCAACUACUCUGAGCGCCACACGCAGGCAUUGAUCUUGGCACCUACUCGGGAGCUUGCCAAUCAGAUCUACAAAGUUGCUCUUGCCUUGGGUGACUACCUGAAGGUCAGGGCUCACGCCUGCAUUGGAGGCACAUCCAUUCAGGAGGACAAGGACAAGCUCCGUGAUGGGCAACACCUUGUCGUGGGCACGCCAGGACGUGUCUACGAUAUGGUGAACAAGCGGAACCUGAACGUCGACUAUCUCAAGGUGUUUGUCCUCGACGAGGCUGAUGAGCUGAUGUCUCGAGGCUUCAAGGACCAGAUCUACGACAUCUUCAAGUGCCUGCCUCCUGACGUGCAGGUGUGCCUUUUUUCAGCCACCAUGGCUCCUGAGAUUUUGGACAUGACGACGAAGUUUAUGCGCAACGCUGUGCGUAUCCUGGUGAAGAAGGACGAGUUGACCUUGGAAGGUAUUCGCCAGUUCUAUGUGGCCAUUGAAAAGGAGGAAUGGAAGGUCGAUACACUUUGCGACCUCUACGAGACUUUGACCAUCACACAGGCGAUCAUCUACUGCAACACUCGUCGCAAGGUCGACUUCUUGCAGGACCAGCUGACAAAGCGAGAUUUCACUGUGUCCUGCAUGCACGCGGACCUAGACCAAAAGGAGCGUGAUCUUGUCAUGCGAGAAUUCCGCUCUGGUUCUUCCCGUAUUUUGAUCUCCACCGACCUUCUUGCACGUGGUAUUGACGUGCAGCAGGUGUCCCUAGUGAUCAAUUACGAUCUUCCAUCCAACAUGGAGAACUACCUGCACAGGAUCGGACGCAGCGGUCGGUUCGGUCGAAAGGGCGUGGCGAUCAAUUUUGUUACGAACAAUGACGUUCGCAUCAUGAAGGACCUUGAAAGGUUCUACCACACCCAGAUCGAGGAGAUGCCAAUGGACAUCGCCGACCUGAUUUGAGCAAUGAAUUCGUCGUAUAGGCUGCUGCCAAAAGGUAAAAGGCUGAAGUUUGGGUUUGCAAGCGGUGUGACUGCAGCUAUUUCGCCCCGCAGGGAUGAAUGCUUCAAGUGCAAUGCAAGCCAUCGCAAAAGUGAUGGCUUCGCUCAGGUCACCUGACUCAGGUCAUGGUAAGCCCUUUUGCCAAAUAUGCAUUUGACUAGAAAGUUGCUGGUGAGGUAGGCCAGUUCCUUCUCACUUCGCGCUCCCUCUUGGAGUGAAUUUGCAGUUUUGCAUGUGGCUGGAAUUGCUGAGGUUUUGUACUUGUAGGAUCUUCUAGGAAGCCCGUGUCCCGUGACAUCGC